AUGACCAACAUGGAUCAAUACGAAGUCGGCAAUGGGCCAUUUGGGCCCGUUGUAAAUGGCACCAUGGUCAUUGAAUUCUACCAAUACAGACCAAACGAAGCAGCCGGAUACGCCUUUAUGGCUUUAUUCGCCUUGACAACUAUAGCUCAUUUGGGCUACAUAAUCCGACUCAAAGCUUGGAUCUUCAUACCAUUCAUCUUGGGAGGCAUCGCGGAAACGUUUGGAUACUACGGCAGGGCUCUCUCUCACAACCAUCCUGCCCAUCUCGGUCCGUGGAUCCAACAGAACCUGUUGAUCCUCGUCGCCGCUCCCCUGCUCACCGCCACCAUUUACAUGAGCUUGGCGCGCAUCAUCGACGCCCUGCAAGCCAACAAGUACUCUCUUAUCAGCACCAGAUGGCUUUCCAAAAUUUACAUUCUCAUCGACAUCCUAUGCCUGCUCAGCCAGCUCGCGGGCACCGUCAUGCCAGCGUCGGGAGACGCCAAGCUCAUCGAGCUAAGCCGCAAGAUUAUCCUCGGCGGAUUGCUCGUGCAGCUUGUUGUGCUCGUCUUCUUUUGCAUUCUGACGGGAUACGUUAUGCGAGCGCUGUCACGACGCGAGGCAAAGCUGUUUGCGUCGGAUGCAGGCGUCAAUUGGAAAGCCCACCUCUGGACCAGCUUGGUGGCUGCGAGCCUAGUGCUGGUGAGGAGUCUCGUCAGGGCUGUCGAGUACGCGCAAGGCGAGCGCGGCUUCAUCAUCUCCCACGAAGUCUUUAUGUACUUGUUUGACGCGGCGGCAAUAUGGCUCGUCAUGGUCGUCUACCUGCUGGUCCAUCCCAGCCGGCUGGUGCGAGAUGCGUACUUGCUUUUGGAACGGCCUGUCCAGAUGGACGCGCGGCGCCUAACCCGUGGGGACGAAGGGGGUUGGAACCACACAGCGUUUGCGUCCCGAUAG